AUGUCUCAAAACAAUCAAAACCUAAGCGACACCCUCGGCCAAACCGUGAACGGCCUUACGUCUACCACAGGCGGCCUGCUAGGCAAUCUCGGCAAGACUGUGGGUGACACUACCUCUGGCCUGGGACAGACUGUCUCGAAUACCACGCAGGGUGUUGGGGGGAUUGUCCAGAACUCUGGUUCUACUGCUGGAGGAAGCGGGGGAAAGAAGACAGAGAAACAAUUUGGCGGAAAACAGCAGAAUGCGGAGAAUCCACUAGGAUUGUAA